AUGGAGGUAUUACGCAAGAAGGGAAAGAAGGCGUGCACUAUGUGCCGCCAGCAAAAGGCUAGAUGCGAUGUCUGGCGGGAUGAGAGUGUACCGUGUACCCGAUGCCGCAAACGCAAUCUCGAGUGCACCAUAGACGAUAGCUUCACAAGAGAACACAAGCGUCGCCGAUACAUCGAACUAGAACAAGAGAAUGAGCAAUGGCGCCAACAACUGCAGACCUCCCAGCAGUUGAAACCCGAUCCCGUGCCGAUUGCGUUAUCCAAAGCCCCAGCGGAACUGGGCGUACCAGCUGUGUUGAAGUCGAAUGCUGGACUAGACGACUCGCAAGUUUUGAAUUUGUCACUGGCCUAUCCCCAAUAUCAUCUUGCACCUGUGGGCUCCACGCUGGGUGCAAUGAUGGGAGGGAAUGAUCCCACAAUGCCUCGUUCGCUGAGAAGCGUUAAUGUUACAGGGUCCGAGGUCGACGACCUAUAUCAAUUAUUCUUUCGUCAUUAUGCCUCAUUCCUCCCGAUCUUCGAUGUGCAGACGAAACCGAACGCGUACUACGCGCAGUCUCCAUUCCUGUUCUGGGCCAUUAUUGGCGUCUCCAGUCGGUCAUUUCCCCGAAACCCGACAUUGCACACUGCGCUGGCUCAAGAGGUCAUGGAAAUGGCAUUUCUGUCCGUGUUGUCAACAUGCGCGCCGUGUUACACCAUCCAGGGACUGUUGCUUCUGUUGACAUGGCCAUUUCCCAAGGAAAAUCGCCCAGAUGUGACAUUUCCUCUGAGCGGAAUGCUGCUGCAUGUAGCGAUGCAGAACGGUUUCCAUAUACCCAUGUCGAGCCAUGAAUUUUCCCGAGUCAAGAUCCCCGAGUCAUCAGACUCGGAUAUGGUCCGACGCUCAGAGCUUUGGGCUCAUUGUGUCCUUGUUUACGAACGGUCUUGUAUAUUCAAAGGACAGUCUCCCCGGAAUCUGGUCAGUUUGGCACAGGAUACCAUCCAACGCCAAGUGAUAUUUGAUAAGAUUGCUCCACACCUGGUUCAGAAACUCAGGUGCCAGGAAGUCGUUGGGAAAUGUAGCGAGGCAGUUUUGAAAAAUGGAGUCCGGGCCAUGUCCUUGGACCAGGAGCUGGGUUUGGAUAUUUUGCUGCGGAAGUACGAGGCAGUGGUAGACGAUAUUGCUUUGCAGGAAGUAGUCGACGACGAGGGACACCAUCUUCUCCUUUGCCGUAUGGCAAUCCAAAGCUUCCAUUUCUACAAAAAUCAAACACUCGUCUCUAGCGGAUGUCUUCCACAUCUUAUCGUCACCGCUUGCAACUUAGUAGACUAUGUCCAAGGAUUAGCAGAUCGCCUGGGAUCUCUUUUCAUGGCACCUGUUUCAAUAUCUUUCGGUCUGUUGCUGGCUUCCAUGUCACUGUUGCGGAUACUCAAAAGCAAUUUUGCCUCUAGCGGACUUGAUACAAGCCGUGCUCAAGCCUCAUUCUUCGCUGCCAUCAAUUUGGCCAAGCAAAUGUCCACUGACAGAAGCGAUACAGCUGCUAAAAUGAUCACAGUGUUGAACCAACUUUGGAAUAGCAACAAGGCGUUCCGCAGAUCGGAUGGCUCAGAUCACACCACACUUCGAAUCCGCAGUCGCUUGAUUCUCAGUCUGAUAUUGGAUGCUGUCUGGUGGUGGCGUGAUGAAUAUGACCCUCACACGCGAGCUCAAAUGCGAGGGACGGAGUCCGCUGAUGGUCCGCCCCGACUAAAGAUGGCUCCGGGCUUUGAGACAGGGCGUGCUACCAUGGGGACAGAUCACACCAGAGAGUCCGCUGGGGGUAUUCUUCAAACCCCGGGCGUUCUACAGGGAGAUUUUCAGGUCAACGAGGACUACUUCACCAACUUUGAGUGGUUAUAUGAUGAACUUUUCUCCUUUCCUCCGGAUUCGUCAUCGGCGAACAAUAUACCGUGA